AUGGGGAAUCUCACCAUCCGCAACCUAACCAUCACGCCGCUCGAGCUGAAGGAAGUGGAGCGCCACGAGGACCCUACCAAGGCUCGCAAGCCGAACGGGUUUGCGAAGAUCACGUCUCGCAUUACCGGGAAAUCCAAGUCGGUACCAACCGCCGCGGUAACGGACCUCAACGGUGCGGCUAAGGAACCAGUCACCAAGCAAGACAUCACCGAUGUCAACAUCCGGCCCUUCUCCGAGCAUGAGAUUUCAAUCUCACUACCCGAUGCCUCCAAAGGCGAAUCUCUCCGCCUCACCUUCGCCGAACCCGGCACGCCAUACACCUACUCCGUCUCCAUCCCCGGUCCCUCACCGCGGAGCAUCGUCAUGAAAGCCAACCCACCACCUUCAGACCAACAAUCUCAAGUCCCCCCUUCCGACCGUGAGUUCACCCUCAUCUACAUGCCCCAGCACUCCUUCCUCGCCAUCUUCAGCAGCGCCCACCUCAACCGCUGGAUGGCCGAGCUCAACCCAUCCUACCCCUUAUCAGCCCUCAGCAUCCCCGGCACGCACAACAGUCCAACCUGCUACGUCGCCUUGCCCUCCGUACGCUGCCAAGCCAUCUCCGUCCGCAAACAGCUCGACAACGGCGUGCGCUUCCUAGACGUGCGUGUCUCCUGCCCUUCCCGCUUCCCUUCGCCCACCAAAACCGCUUCUCCUCGUCUCAACACACCCGACUCUAUACCCGGCGCCUUCCCAAUCUCCCCUACCACUUCGGCGACAAAGACGGACCCAACUCAGUCACCGACAGACACCAACCCGCCCGCUCCCCAACCCGAACUUUCACCGCAGGCCCCGGAACCAAGUCACAAAGACAAGACCAAAGGGCCCAACCUCAGCUUGGUCCACUCCGCCUUCCCCAUCGCGCUGUCGGGGACAAAGUACUUCCACGACCUGCUUUCCGAAUGCUACGCCUUCCUGGACGCCAACCCAUCCGAGACGGUGUUGAUGAGUAUCAAGCGCGAGGGCACGGGGCGCGGGACAGAUCAGAACUUAUCUAUUUACCUAGCCGCUCGCUAUCUGACGCCGGAUAGGUGGUACACGAAGCCUGAGAUCCCGACGCUGGAGCAGGCACGGGGACGUAUUGUGCUGGUGAGGCGGUUUCACGUGGAUCCAAGUCUGCAGGCUUCGGGAAUGGGUAUCGAUGGGUCGGUGUGGCCUGAUAACUGCGCGGACGGGACGUGUGGAAGCGGGAUGAUUCGGAUCCAGGAUUAUUAUGAGGUUGGGCAGACGCAGCAUAUUGACAAGAAGAUUGGGUUCGCGAGGGAGGAGUUGAUGAGGGCCGCACAGCAGGUGUUUGUGCCACAGGGCAUGCCGGGAUCGGAGGCUGCUGGCGGUCCGUUGCCUCUGUUUAUCAACUUUCUGAGUGGCAGCAACUUCUUCAAUGCGAGUUGCUGGCCUGAAAAGAUUGCUGCGAAGAUCAACCCAUCCAUGAUCGAGUAUCUGUGUAUGGGUCACGGAGCUCCUCAGAAGCAACCAGGUGAGCUUACCGUUGGCGAUGCUGGGACUGGCAUCGUAGUGACAGAUUGGGUUGGAAAUAACGGCGAUUGGGAUUUGAUACGUUGCAUCGUCGGUUGGAACGCAAGGUUGCAGUUGAAGCGAUGA